AUGACUGUUCCUUGUGAUGGUCAACGCGAGAGUCAACGGGAGAGUCAACGCGGAGGUCAGCGUGAGGGUCAACGUUUCUCGCUACCCCGAGCCCCGCUUAUCGCCGCCGUAGCAGCGCUUCUCGCCUUUCUCCUUCCGUCACUCGCGCUCGCCAGCCCCACGGGGGAAGCCCACUUCUCUGCGCACCCGGUGAACGCCCGUGGAGUGAGAGGCACUAUCAGCAUAUCCAUUUCAAGGCCCAUAUCGCGAGGCACGGCCCCGGCCUACACCAUCCAAUACGGUGCCGCCCCCAUUCCUGCCCUUUGCUUCCGCCUCCCCUCCUCUCCCCCCCUCUCUCCUUCCUUUCCUGCGCAUCGCAGGGCCAUAUCGCGAGGCACAACCCCGGCCUAUACCAUCCGCUUCGGUGCCGCCGUUGCUGGCGCCGACUCCCCUCCCAGCCACCUCAUCCUCGCACUGCCACGUGGCGCGCCGCCAUUGGUCCUGUGCGGGGACGGCUCUUCUGGAUCUGUUGGGUCUGCUGGGUGCCAGUGGGUGGCAACAACUCCGUCCGUGUGGGAGGCGGCGGGGGAGAGGAGAAUGAACGGAGUGGAUGUUCGGCAGGGGAGGGUGCUGAUAAAAAUACUGAGGGGAGAUGAGGAGGAGAACGAGGAGGGGAAUGAGGAGGGGAGUGGGGAGGGGAGUGGGGAGGGGAGUGGGGAGGAUAUGAUUGCAAGGAUGGGGAAUGAGGGGCAUGGUGAUCUGGUAGGAGCGCUUCGGAGAAGCCGCGAGUACAAUCAUGACAUCAUCAUUCCGCGCUACCCCCCACAGGACCCGCGCCUGGAAGUGCGGCUGGAGGGGGAAAUGGGGGAGAUGGGGGAGGGACUUGCAUUGGGCAUGCGCGGAGGGGCGUUUAUGCUGGGAGCUUUCAAGAACGGCCAUGUGGUGGUGAAUUAUGACAUCCGUGUCAUCGGCCCCGCGCAAAAACCUUCCGCCAUCACUCUCCUUGUUGACUACCCGGAACCAUCCCCAUGUGGCGGGCGCAGUGCAGCAGCAGGUGGAGCAGCAGCAGCGGCAGCAGCGGCGCUGGUGCUUCUUCCCAAGGACAUGCUCAUAACAUGA